AUGAAAUUUAAAAAUAAAAGCCCCUGUGCUUGUGAGCGAUGUUUAUCUGAAGAUGAUCUGUGGUUUAUGAAGCUUUUCAACAAAUCUGUUGAACCAUUUUUGUCAGCAAACUACAAUCUCUCAGAGGACACUUUCAAGUGGUGGAAGCGCUUACAGGGUGCAAAGGGCAACUUCAGUACCUUCAGAGGAAAAGUGGACAGGCUGUUUCUGAUGGUCCCACCCAGUCCAGAUGUUCUAGAAUCCAGCCCUGACCGCUGCAGGACUUGUGCUGUGGUGGGGAAUUCUGGUAAUUUGAGGAGAUCACAUUAUGGAUCUCUCAUAGAUUUCCACGAUGUCAUCAUAAGAGUGAACGCUGGUCGAAUCAAAGGCUUUGAAGCAGAUGUUGGGACCAGAACAACUCAUCGUGUCAUGUAUCCAGAGAGUUCUGUGGAUUUAGAUAACACCACUCAUCUUGUGCUGGCUCCAUUUAAGAUGGUUGACUUUGACUGGCUCACAGGAGCCCUCACCACAGGAUUUACGUCAAUACCACGUUGGGGUGUAAGAUCAAAAAUCAAAGCUAACAAGGAUUUGGUGAUGGUACUUAAUCCAGCUUUUAUGAGGUAUGUUCAUGACAGGUGGCUGGAAAAGAAAGGUUAUUACCCCUCCACUGGCUUUCUGGCUUUGAUUCUUGCCCUGCAUAUGUGUGACGAGGUCAGUGUGUUUGGUUAUGGAGCAGACAGUGAUGGAAACUGGAGUCAUUACUGGGAAAAACUCAUGAAAAAAGACUUAAAAACUGGAGCACAUCCUGGAGAUACAGAGUAUAAAAUGAUCCAGGAGCUAGAUGAGCAACAGAAACUCAAGUUUUAUACAGGGUUCUGA